AUGGAUGUUGUCCAAGCCGUCUCCGGCUACAUCUCCAAGAUGGUGUCGGCCGGGGAUAGCGCAUCGGGAACUCCAUCUGCAAAGAUGAAGAUACUCUUAUUAGAUAAAGAUACAGUACCAAUUGUCUCCACCGCCACCACCCAGUCCUCUUUGCUCAAUCAUGAAGUCUAUCUCACCGAUCGGCUCGAUAACCAGAAUCGCGAGAAGAUGCGUCAUCUGAGGUGUCUGUGCUUUGUCCGGCCAUCUCCAGAUUCUAUCCAGUUUCUGAUUGAUGAGCUGCGAGACCCUAAGUACGGCGAAUAUUACUUGUAUUUUAGUAACGUCGUGAAGAAGUCGUCGCUCGAACGAUUAGCCGAAGCUGAUGACCACGAGGUCGUCAAGCAGGUUCAGGAGCACUUUGCCGAUUAUCUCGUCAUUAACCCCGACCUCUUUUCACUUAAUCUUACCUUACCACAGCAGAGGAUAUGGAGUGGGAACCCGGAUUUAUGGAACCCUGACUCGCUUCAGAGAACCACAGAAGGUCUGAUAGCCAUCUUGCUGUCGCUCAAAAAGAAGCCACUCAUCCGAUAUGAGAAGAAUAGCUUGCUGGCCAAGAAACUCGCUACGGAAGUGCGAUAUCACAUAACCCAGGAGGAGCAAUUAUUCGAUUUCCGAAAAGUUGAUACGCCGCCCAUACUUCUAAUUCUUGAUCGGAGAGAGGACCCUGCUACGCCACUACUUAACCAAUGGACAUACCAAGCCAUGGUACACCAGUUGCUCGGGAUUCACAAUGGACGAGUUAGCCUAGAUGACGUUCCAGAUGUCCGUCCAGAACUCAGAGAGAUGGUGUUAUCACAGGAUCAAGAUCCGUUCUUCAAAAAGAACAUGUACCUGAAUUUCGGCGACCUCGGUGGGAACAUCAAGGACUACGUCGAGCAGUAUCAAUCUAAGACGAAGAACAACGCUAACAUCGAGUCAAUUACGGAUAUGAAACGGUUCAUAGAAGAAUACCCCGAAUUCAGGAAGCUCUCCGGAAACGUUAGCAAACAUGUUACGUUAGUUUCGGAACUUAGCCGGAGAGUGGGCGCCGAGAAUUUACUCGAGGUCAGCGAAGUCGAGCAAAGCUUAGCCUGCAACGACAAUCACGCUACCGACUUAAGAAACGUCCAAAAGCUGAUACAGUCCCCGUCUGUAACUCCCGAAAAUAAGGUCGGGCUCGUGGCGCUAUAUGCUCUACGAUAUGAAAAACACCCAUCCAAUUCUCUGGCCAUGCUAGUAGACUUGCUAACAGCAGCUGGCGGCGUACCUGCGCGACAAUCAGACCUGAUAGCGAAGUUACUAAUCUACCACCACUCGUUACAACAGUCCCAAGCAGCGGGCGGUAUCGCGGAUAUCUUCGAGUCAGGGGGUAUCUUCUCGGGCGCACGAGCCAUAAAGGGGCUAAAGGGUGUCGAAAACGUGUAUACGCAGCACUCGCCGCAUCUCGAGACGACGCUACAGAAUCUAAUUAAGGGUAAACUACGCGAGCAGCAGUACCCGUUCUUGGAGGGUGGUGGCACAACACGAGACAAACCCCAGGACAUCAUAGUGUUCUUGAUUGGUGGCGCGACAUACGAGGAGGCUAAGACGGUUGCUAGUAUUAAUGCUUCGUCGCCCGGAAUUCGGGUCGUCUUAGGCGGGACUAACGUCCAUAAUGCGGCUACGUUCCUCGAGGAGGUUGAUGACGCCGUGUCUUCGUGGCCGGAACCGCCGCCGACCACAACUGCGGGAAGGUUGAGGAAGGAGCUUGGGAGGAGAUAG